GAGGCAACGCACAGAGACGUCAGGCAUUUACGAAGUACACAAGAAGAAGCCGACACGAAGACUAUUUUACAUGCUCUGGAUGCCUCUGCUCAAGGUGCUACCCAACUAUCUAUAUAUUCUCCUGACACUGAUGUUCUUGUUUUGGCUCUCCGACGGUAUCCAGAUUUGUGCUCCAACUCUUGCUUUGUUACUGGGACCGGCAGUAGAGAGAUCGACUUGAAGUCAAUCGCAGACGCCCUUGGGCCCACUAAGACGGCUGCGCUGCCAGCAUUUCAUGCGUUGACCGGAGCAGAUGUUACUGGGAGUUUCUCUGGAAAGGGAAAAGCUACUUGUUGGGAUGAGUUUGAUAACGCCAGCACUCCUAUAUUGCAAGCUCUUGCUAACCUCGGUUGUGGGAAACAGCUAGAUGACGGCACAAGAAGUGGAGUGGAACAGCUGGUUUGUCGGAUGUAUCAACCAAAGACAGACAUCAAAACUGUCAAAGCCGUCAGAUGGUCCCUCUUUAAGAAAAAUCAAGCUGAGUCUGAGAGGUUGCCGCCCACAAAAGCUGCUCUCCAUCAAGCCAUACUGAGAGCGCACUACCAGCUUCUUGUUUGGAACAACGAUCAUGUAGCAAACCCGGUGUUGCCUUCACUAGAAGGCUAUGGAUGGCAAGAUGAAGAUGGAAAGUGGGUACCAGUCAUGACAAAUCUUCCACCAGCUCCAGAGGUAAUUAUACAGCUUGUCCGAUGCAAGUGCGCCAAGUCCCGUUGCUCUAACAACCGUUGUCAGUGUCAAAAAGCCGGACUUGUCUGUACUGAUCUCUGUCUGUGCUCUGAAGAUUGCCAGAACGAGUAUGCUGAGAGUGAUUAUAAGUAUGAUGAAGACGAAGUCGAACAGGAAAUUCCAUAG